CCCGCCUCCCGCCACGUCAGUGAGUCUGCAGGUGGAAUGAGAGAAAUUACGUUGUGAGGGCGCCGGCGCGGUAUAGAAGAGUUUCUGUAUUCAUUUGGUUGUUAUCGUUCCAAGUGCCCGGGUUCUAGAAGUCUUCCAUCCACACGGCCACCAUGGCUGUAUAGCGGCGCCCACUCCCCAGGCCAGUGCGAGGCAACAACACCCAGCAGCGCUGGCAGCACCAGGCUUCGGCACAAACAUGGCGCUCCUCAAGACAUACCACAGCAUCUUUGCUGUAUACGAGGAAGAAAGCUCAGAAACCAGCUUUAACGUGAAAGCCCUGAUACUUAUAAAAGAUGAACCUUUUAAGCGACAAUCUCAUUUUGGGGGACUUUUUGUCCCCCUUCAACCAGUCAUUUUUGGCGGCUGAUGAAAGUUUGGGUCUCUUGGAUGAAGACAUCGAGGUGUCCGGGUACCUCCCAUCACAUGGGUUUUCCAGCGAAAAGGCUAAGAAUGGCGUCUCUAACCUGCUGCCUUUGGCGCCACUCUUUGGCAGUUUCCAGGGGGAUGCCUUCUCUGGCAUGGAUUGGAUGGUGGAAAAAAUGGACCUGAAGGAGUUUGAUUUUGAUUCACUGCUUGGAAUGGAAGAUCUGGAAUCCACUGUCUCGCCAGAUGAGCUUAUGGCCACCUUGGAUGACUCUUGUGAUCUCCUAGAGGACCCACCUAUCCCCUCAUUGUUUGACAAGUAUAUGCCAUCAUUUGCCCCUAUCUCUAUUCCAAAAGGUCCAUUGGAGGCAGAUCAAGUGGCUCCAAUGAGUCCCACUUUAGCAGAGUUCAAUAUCUCUAUCCCUGACCAUUCCUUUAUCUUGUAUGUCGAAAGUGAGGUAGACGUUGCUGAGGAAGAUAAGAAAUCGGCAAUUUACACUCUUGAAACUCAAAAAUAUAAGAAGGAAGACUCCUCAGCUAAUGACAGCAGUAUUUAUGUGAAUCCGCUUCUGAAGUCUGAAAAGGAGGAUUCCUCAGAUGACAGUGGGGUUUAUAUGAGCCCGUCAUAUCUGGGAUCUCCUCAGCAAAGUCCUGCAUCUACUGUAGAGUACCCUAGUAGUGUUCAGUCCUCUCCCUCUUCCCCCAUUUCCGAGAGACCCAAACCUUAUGACCUUCCCUGUAAUGAUAAAGACAUCUCCGCAAAGGUAAAAACUGUAGGGCAUCCCAGAGUAGACAAGAAGACAAAGAAAAUGGAGCAGAACAAAACCGCAGCCAAUCGCUACCGGCAGAAGAAGAAAGCAGAACAAGAGUUAAUAUCUGCAGAGUGUCGAGAACUGGAGCAGAAAAAUGAUUCCCUCAAUGAAAAAGCGGACUCUAUAGCAAAAGAGAUCCAGUAUUUAAAAGAUCUAAUGGAGGAAGUUCGUAAGGCCAAAAGCAAACGAGCAAAAAGUUCUUGAGACUGGAAAGUUGGAGCGGAGCGUUGUGUAUGUUGUACAUAUAGGUUGGUUAAAAAGUAAUGUCUACUCCAAUAAAUUAUUUUGUAGUUCUCUAA